GCCAGUUGCCACUCAGUCCAGCUGAGGGAGCGCGCCGGCGGGAAAGUGACGUCACACGUGCAUACCCUCUAUUGUUCUGUUGCUCAGUACUGGUUGUCAAAACAAUUCAAAAAUUGUUUCGUCGAUUUACUUCGAACUGACUGAUUCGCACAUUUUACUGACAUUUGGCUUAUUAUUCUCAUCUGAAUCUGACAGUAUGAAUGAGAAUAAAUCAUAUAAAUGUCUUGAUAGGCGUGACUGUGAGCAGAUCAGGGUGUUUUCUCGGAGGUCGUGGGAGAAGCACGAGCAGCAGCGCGAGAGAAGCGCGACCACGUACGCGGCGGAACAUCCACAUAAAACAAUGGACGAGCCCACAGCCGGGCGCGCGCGCCCCUGCUCGCCCACGCGGAGACACAGACCUCAUCCCACACGGUCCCUGUACAUGAUCAAAGAACCUCCUCAUAAAACACACGCUACAGGUAAAGAGUGUCUGUGAAAAGUAUCAUUUUAGAGUCAGUGUUUGGGUUCAUAUUAAUCUUUGGAAGCUAACGUGUGUGUCAGUAGGUGAAUGCUAUCAGGUAAACAGCUAUAUACACCAGGCUUUGUGUUCACGUGCACUGCCCGAGUGUAUGCCAGCUGUCAAUCACUGGCUGAGAAGAGCAACACAACAGGAUGUGCAGCUCUUGGAGAGGAUGUUGAAGAAUCUCUGAUAAGAGAUGAAAUGUUUUUUGAUCGAUGUAAAAUCAGUCUGAGAAUAAAGUUUGACUCGCUGAGCUCAGUGUGUCUUUACUGGAGUCCAUGAGAUGGGGAUUGUGUGUGUGUGUGUGUGUGUGUGUGCGUGUUUUUGUUAAUUGUGUGUGUGUGUGUGUGUGUGUGUGUGUGUGUGUGUGUGUGUGUGUGUGUGUGGAGGAGGAGGAUGUAGUAGUUCCUGGAUCAGCAGCUGUUGCACAUCCUGGACCAGAGAGAGAGAGAGAGAGAGAGAGAGAAUAAAAGACAUCAGGGUGAAAGGCAGAAUUAGAAAAGAAAAAAGCUUGAAGUUGUGGGAAGUACGAGAGAGAAGAAGUUCCAGGAUUGAAACUUUAGUGUCAGUUGUUUGUUUCGCAGACAAGCUUCUUCAGUGUAAGUAUGUAUUUCAUUUAUAUCAUUGAUCACCUGAAUGCAUCAUAUGAUAUUAUAGAUGUAAAUGUUUAUUUUAUAUUUCUUUGAUAACAUUUCUUUGAUUUAACACUAAAUCUACAAAUGUAAAAUCAUAUAUAAUGUGAUUAUUUGCAUGCAUUUAGUCAGUUCUUAUACUUUUGUGAACAUUUGUGAAAGAAUAAAGAUAUAUAAUACAUGUAAAUGUAUAUUUUUUCAAAUAUUUGUGAUGAAUUGACUAAAUGGCUUCUUUUUUUUUCAACAAUUUAUCAAACUUUUACCAUUAAUUUCUGCAAGUGCUGUAACGGUUUGAUUUUAGAAUAUUCUAACAUAUAAAUGAUAUAUAAAAUAAUAAAAAAAAAAAUCAAAAUAAAUACAUUUGAAAAAUAUAUUUAAAUAAACAAAUAAAAAUGCUGAGAUGAAUUUCCAGGGAAUUCAUAAAGUCAUAUUCAUUUAGCAGACGCUUUUAUGCAAAGCCACUUGCAAACAUGUAAAUGUGUAGAUAGCAAUAUGAUGUAACAAAAACACUAAUGUACACACAGCUAAUAUCAGUCAAACACAGACUGGUCAUAAUGAUGAUGGUGUGUUUGAUAUUUCCUGUAAUCACCAGAAAGCUCAUGAUGAAGAUGAUGCUGAUGAAGGCAGUGUUGGCUGGAUGUGUGAUUAUCUGUGUGUUUCCCGGCCGUGGCGUGUGUUUCUCUCGAGGAGCGAGCGUCUCGUCAUGUGUGAACAUGAAGCCCGGACACAUCAGCUCCUUUCCACAACACACUCGCACACACUCCUCCAUCACCAUCCGCAGCAGCCGAUCAGUGUACCUGCCACAACACACACUCACAGUGACGGUUCAGAGCUCCCGGCCAUUUAUGGGGUUCCUGCUUCAGGCUCGCUCUGUUCUGGAGGACCGGGUCGUCGGUGGAGAAUUCACGCUCCACCCUCCCAACACACACACACUGUCCUGCCUCAGCACGGACGACACCGUCACACACUCAGACAAAAUGCUCAAGAGGAACCUGUCCUUCAGCUGGAGGGCCCCGACACAACCCAGCGGAGACCUGCGCUUUUACAUCACACUGGUUCAGUCUUAUUUUGUGUACUGGUCUCGAAUCAGAUCGGCAGUGGUGCAUGAUGGGACACGUAGUUCACAAAUCACAGACAGCGUUACAGGACAACCGACAGUCAAUACAACAGCUUCAAUAGUGGAACAAACAGGCAAACACACAUCCCUCCCAACAUACACAACCACAUCUACACACACUAACACACAUGCACCAUAUAACACAAACACUCUCUCAACAUAUAGCACACACACAACCCCUUUAUUUAACACACAAUCACUAAAUGACACUCAAACAUCUCUGCCCUCAUACAGACACACAUCUACACAAACUUUCCCAAUCACGUCUUCAUCUCAGAGCAUCUACAGCUCUACAAACGCUAAAACAGACACAAACACACACACAACAACUGCUACCAACACACACACUCUCCCGAGUCUACUGCCUCAGACCCACAGCACAGAUACACACACAUCCAUGCAACAAACACACACGUAUACGCCUUCAGCACACACUCGCAACACAGGGAUCUUCACAGCAUCCCUCCAUCCUGAAGCUCUCCGUCGAGCCCUCUCAGACUUUCUCCCGUCACGUGAGCCGACAGAGGGCGCUGUUUCUCUGACCCAGCGCAAGAAAGACACUUCUAAUCUGUAUGGGGAUGUUGUCAAACCGCCCAAACAUGCUAAAGACCCGUCUGGAGUUCCGGAGAGAGGGGGCGAGAGGCCGGAGCGUGUGCCCGGGCAGAGCGCGUCCGAGCUGGGCCUGCUGCUGGGACUGUCGGCCUCGCUGGGAAUGGCCGUCGCCGUGGGUCUCCGAUACCUGCAGAGGAAACACUGCCGCAAACGCACCGCUGUGUCGCUUAACGACUGUAACCAUGAGGACAGAGGCAUCAUCCACGUGCAGGAGUGUGGAGACCUGGUGCAGGUGCGCAAAAUACGGCAAAAUAGCUUCCUGGUGCUGCAAGCCGAGUACAACCUCAUAACACCGACCGGAAACUGAACAGGCAUCUUAUUCUCACCACAAGGCUGCAUUUAUUUGAUCAAAAGAAACUAAAAUAAAAACAGUAAUAUUGUGAAAUAUAAAAUAACUAGGGAUGUAACGAUUCACUCAACUCACGAUGCGAUACGAUUCACGAUACUGGUUUCACUACACGAU